AUGACCGCUUUGGUUCAAGCACCCACCUCCGACACGUACGGGGCAUGCCCUUCCGAGGUCUCUGCUCGACCAAUAGACGAUGUUACGGUCAAAUCCAAAGCCGCAGACCCGCCACGUCGCCUAGCCUGCCUUGUCACCAGUUCGCGGCCUUCUGGAAAUCGAAGCCAUCAGGUUGUCGCUACCAAAACCGACAAACAACACACACAAGACUGGGCUCUUGUUGACCUCGACAGUGAGAAGUUUGAUUGGAAAGGAUUUCGAGGAAACGUUGUCAACGUUGGAAGCAACUUAGAGAUUCGGCACAAACUCAUGGAGAAGAUGUGCCCUCACCCCCAAGACUCGCGCCACAUUCAAAUAUCCCAGUGA